CGUUCGCGAAUUGGUCGUUUUCCGAGCAAUGACGACCAGAAGGAUACUCGUCGCGGUGGUGGUAGUGGUGAUUGUGACGGUUUUCGCGCGCAAAUGUAGUGCAAAUUUUGUGGCCUACGAUGAGGAUGAAAUGAUCAACGAUCUGGACGAGGCGUACGCCCAGGAUGAGGAUCAGAAGCGGGAGGAUUAUCACAAUGCCAUCGAUCGGUUGAUUUCCCACGCACUGAAUCAGACGGAUGGAAAAGCCACGGCCGAAGCGGUCGUCAAGGUCAACGCAAAUGAAACCGACCGAGAUGAAGAUUUGAAAUGUGCCGCAAAUCGGUCGCCCCAACCGAUCAAGGCAUCCCCGACGCUGACAGUGAAAAAAUGCUGCCCACUGGGAGAAGCAUUCCUGCACGAAAGCAUCAGCAAAUGCAGGAAUCCUCUGCGAAAAACCCGUCUACCAAUCGUCAGCCGGGAAGUUCACCUGUACGAUCAAUCGUGCUACACAUUUGCCUCCUAUCUGAGGCACAACCUGACCAUCGACGGCCACUGCAUUGGCAAGCAUCUAGCGUUCAACGACGGGGCCCUGUUCACGGUGAUCCAGAACGGUUCGCUGAUGGUGUCCAGCCCGGACCAGAUGGUGAUCUACAACGAUUACUGUCUGGAGGAAACCGGAAGUUCGGUGCUGGUGGCACAUGUUUGCGACACGAUCGUCUUUCCGGAUCCGUUCGACUGGGUGGAUAAGUUGAUCAUCGGAACGGCUCUGGUGACUCUGUUCCUGACGGCACUGCUCUAUGCCUUCGAGGCAACGUUUCAAACCAUAUUUGGGCGGUUGAUUACGAUUCAUGCGGCGCUGCUGUUCACCGCUUUGCUGCUGGAGUCGGCGUUGACGGAGUUCAACGAGGCAUUCUACUCCACCAUUGUCUACGUCCUGAUCGGUGCGUCGUACGUCCUCUUCGCGGCAGCCAACCUGUACUCUUUGUUCUCCAGUCUGAGCAAUUAUCAGAAGAUGGAUAAUCGCAAUGUGGUGUAUGUCGCCUUCGGAUGCUGCUUGUUUUGGUUGUUUUCGGUUAUGUUUACCAUGUACUACAAUGACAAAGUUGUCGCCCUUUGUACGGUAUUUAGCGGGCUGGUGCUGAGUGUUCUUGUAAAUCUGAUUAUACUCCGGGGGAUCUUAAGACGCCGCCAUCAGCUACUGACGGGGAUGGAUAGUUGCUAUGAGAUUUCGGACAGCAACGAAUAUUCGACGUACGUUCAUCAUCGGAAGGAACUGGCCAUCCUGUCCACGUUUGCCACCAUCCUGCAGCUCCUCCACUGGACCCUGUUCGUGGCCAGUCGGUACAACUUGCUGUACGCGCUCAGCUGGUGCGGUUUGACCAUAUUUGCCGUUUUCGUGUGCUUCCGGUAUCGAUCGAUAACACUACUUUCCGGUAGCGGUGGCAGCAACAGCAUCUCGAAAGUGCUACGUCAUCGUCAUGAACAGCCGCAUAACCUGCCGCGACCGCCACCCGAGGAACCGGCACCGUGGCAGAAUGGGUAUAAUCAACUGCACACGCCCACUGCCGCCCACAAUAACCAUCAUCAUCAUCAGCUGCAGCAGCAGCAGCAACAGAAGGAUAAUCAAAAACACUCGCUCACGCCAGUUGCCGAAGAGGAGGACGAUGAUUCUGAUGGUGUGAGGGUGGUGGUGGGUGGUGACCAUCAGUAGCUAGUGCCAGGCGGGCAAGGGUUAAAUGGGGUGGAAAGCAGAGCUUUUAAUGCCUUAAUGGCGAAGGUUGUGAGUUGUGAUUAAUCGCGAAAUGCGUUCCAAGUGUGAUAUGGCUCUUUUAGCGUGGAGCGGUUUCACAAUUUACUGUUGUA